UAGCCAAUUAAUUAUACACACAGUUCACACACUCACCACUGUCAACCAGUCGGCUUGGCAAUACCGGUAAAAGUUGGUUUGAUUCUUGAAAGCUCCGCCUCCUUCCUUCGAUGCAUUCGAGAUUUCCGCUCUCUUUUUGAGUUUUUUUUCCCCUCUUAACUACAAUUUCAAUCAUUUCAUCAAACACUUGUGCAUUUCUCUCCUCGAAUUUCUCACACUCUGUGAACCAUAAACCAUGUCUUCUCACCUCCUCCACUCCUCCUUCAUCCCCACCGCUCCGCCGUCCCUCCGCCGCCGUCCCGGAUGCGCAUCCCCACUCCCCCGGACGCCCCUCCUCGUCCAAUCCAAGAUCCGCGAAAUCUUCAUGCCGGCCCUCAGCUCCACGAUGACGGAGGGUAAAAUCGUCAGCUGGAUUAAAUCGGAGGGCGAUAAGCUGUCCAAGGGCGAGUCAGUCGUGGUGGUUGAGUCUGAUAAGGCGGAUAUGGAUGUGGAGUCGUUUUACGAUGGGUAUUUGGCCGCCAUUGUUGUCGACGAAGGUCUCUCCGCUGCUGUCGGAUCCACCAUUGCCUUGCUUGCAGAGACCGAGGAAGAAAUUGCCCUCGCAAUUGCUCAAUCGAAGAAAUCAUCUUCCUCCGCCCCUGCUGCACCAGCGCCACCUGCUCCUACUAGUGAUGCCCCGAAGGUGUUCGAUGAAAUGCCGAGCCCGGCUCCUGCUGUGAAAGCUAGUGUCGGAACUAAUGCAUUGGGAUCUGCUGAGCAUCCGGCAUCUGAAGGUGGGAAAAGAGUAGUGGCUUCCCCCUAUGCCAAGAAAUUGGCCAAGGAUUUCGGGGUGGAUUUGAAGGGAGUAUUUGGGAGUGGGCCGAACGGGAGGGUGGUGGCUAAAGACGUGGAGGCUGUUUUGGCUGCUGCAAAACUGAGCGGUGGUGGUGCUAAAGUGCAGGCCAGUGAGCCACCUAAGCCGAGUGGUGUCGAGUUGGGGUCUGUGGUGCAGUUCACUACAAUGCAGGGCGCUGUGAGCAGGAAUAUGGUGGAGAGCUUGGCUGUGCCGACUUUCCGAGUGGGGUAUACUUUUACCACAGAUGCGCUCGAUGCUUUGUACAAGAAGAUCAAAUCGAAAGGAGUGACAAUGACAGCAUUGCUAGCCAAGGCAACGGCUCUUGCUUUGGUCAAACAUCCUAUCGUGAACUCUAGUUGCAGAGAUGGCAAGAGCUUUACAUAUAACACUCAUAUCAACGUUGCAGUAGCGGUAGCCAUCGAUGGUGGUUUGAUUACACCUGUCCUCCAAGAUGCCGACAAGGUUGACAUAUAUACGCUAUCAAGAAAGUGGAAGGAGUUAGUUGACAAGGCACGCGCAAAGCAGCUCCAACCAAACGAAUACACUACAGGCACUUUUACUCUAUCUAACCUCGGAAUGUUUGGGGUGGACCGUUUUGAUGCCAUCUUGCCACCAGGAACUGGUGCAAUUAUGGCUGUUGGAGCUUCUCAACCCACUGUUGUCGGUACUAAGGAUGGUAGAAUCGGCAUGAAAACUCAAAUGCAGGUCAACGUAACUGCAGAUCACCGUGUGAUAUACGGUGCUGACCUGGCAGCUUUCUUGCAAACACUGUCUAAGAUAAUUGAGGAUCCUAAAGAUUUGACUUUUUAAAAUCCAUGUCCCAUGUCAUUGAAGACUGAAGCCGUUUUUUAGCUUAUCUCGUUAAUCUAUGGUUCUUUAUAGAAGAAUCGAGAAGCCGAUAUUCUUGGAAAGUGCGCAAUUAUCAAGGAUCACGCGAAAUAUAUUUGAACCAAUUAUGUGUGACUCACUGGUGGUUAAUUUUUUAUGUAGACGAUACACUAUUAUAUAUCUCUAUUUAGAAGUGUUUUUUUUGUAUGGUUUCUACCGAGAAUAUUUGGUCUUUGAGGCUAUCGAAUUCUGAGUUCAGUUU